AUGAAGUCUGAAUGUACCAAGGCCCUUACUUUUAAAAUUCCAACCUUGUCAAGUUUGCCUAAAUUUAAUAGUCCAAAACCCUCCAGUUCGUGCAGUUCCCCGAAAACUCCUACUAGUCCUUUCGUGCUGUCGUCUACAAAAAUGCCUGUUCAUACUGUUCAUUCGAAAACAUCUAGCAUGUCAGCUAUUUUUAUUUCUUCAAGACCGAAUACUCCUUCCAGUAGUAUUAAGUCCUCAAGUAUACCUAGUAGUCCGAUAACGCCACCUGCAAGAAUUCCGGCUCAAUUAAAAACACAAAAUUUACCAACAUCAAGUUCUAUACCAAAUAUGCCUACUGCUAUUCGUUCUCCAACAUCUUCUGUUAAUUCGUUAAGUAACCCUGCGAUUCAACAAAGUUUAAGGAUGUCAAGAUCAAGAACACCAAGUUUAACAAGUUUAACAUCAAGUUAUAAUUAUGAUUCUUCUAUACCCAAUCCUCUUGGUGCACAAUCACAUAAUGGAAUUUCCUCGAUACCAAGCAUUCAUUCUAAUAUUCCAUCGGGUUUUGCACCAAAAUCCAAUGGUACUGACUCAGUUCUUAUGCAAGGUCGUAUUAGAAGAUAUUCUCAAAAUUAUACCAACCUUACUCAAUCUACACCAUCUCAAGCAAUUAAA